AGCUCAGGUGUUCCAGUGCACAGCCUAGUCUAACAGAGAGCAGCAGGUGACAAUAACUACGAGGAUGGUGACUUGGAGACAAUGCUCGUUCCUCUUCUUCAGUCUUGUCUGCAUUGCUGGGUUCUCCUAUAGAUUUGCAUCUAUGGAUACUUUGGAUGGACGCAUACUUCUUGCCCUCAAGACAUUCAGACUUCCCGCUAAGAUUAGUCAAUCCACUACAGUUCCUUCUACUUCAGUUCCUCCUACGGAACCAAAACUAACGGAGCUUUUAAAAUAUAUUAGUUGGCCGGAACCUCCAGUGCCUUUGCAGGAUUUUUCAUUGUCUACCAGUGCGAAGAAUUGUGACUACCAACUGUGGAAUCCAAGGGAAAAUUACAGGGUUGGAGAGACUUUGGAGGUGGUCAUCACAGCCCGCGAUCACAAUGGCAAACGAAAGGAAUAUGGCGGAGACUUUUUCCAGGCCAAGCUGCACUCUAAAGCAUUAACGGCUGGAGUCACUGGUCAUGUAAAAGACAAUGGCAAUGGAAGCUACCAGGCCAUCUUCUUACUGCCUUGGCCAGGGGAAGCCCAGGUCCACAUCCGACUCAUCCACUCCAGUGAGGCUGUAGAUGUUCUGAAGAAGAAAAGAGAAAGUGACCCUGGAAAGGUAUAUUUCAGUGGUUAUUUUCACUUUAAUGGGAGCAGUGAAGUGAUGGAAUGUAACUUGGAGUUGGCAGGCCCAAAUAUUUGCGAGUACAAAGACCCUCACACCGGUGAGAUAUGGCAGUGUUUUAAGCCGCAGAGACUCCCCUGCAAUUCCUUGAUUUAUCACUCCAUGGGUGGAUACCGCAAAGUGACCAACACCCUGGAGGACUCUUUGUUAAGUGGCUCUGUGACUGACAAGACGAUAUCGGGUUUGGUUCCUCCAAUCAACAUCAUGACAACAAAUUCUUCAUUAGACCUCACCUCUACACUCCCAGCCUGUAGACCUGGCCAGGAAUCUCCACAACCUUCUGGGUUUUAUUACAAUGACACCUGGACGUCCCUUGCCUGCAAAUCAAGACAUUUUCCGAAGCCGAAUGAGGCAUUAGCAUGUCUUAAAGGGAAAGACAUCUACAUGUUUGGGGAUUCAACUCUACGCCAGUGGUUCGAGUACCUGAUAAACUUCAUACCAAGUCUCAAGACGAUCGAUUUGCACAUCAACUACCAAUCUGGCCCACUACUUGCAGUAGAUGCUAACACUGGAUUGGCUUUACGAUGGCGUGCUCAUGGACUUCCCUUGAGAGCGACAAAGACGAUGAUGGCUGACCUGCACUACGAGGCAGCCCACUUGGCUGGGAUCAGUGGCGGACCUCAUACUGUUAUUGUAUUGACCCUCUGGGCUCACUUUACCACUUUCCCCAUCAGAGUUUAUUUGGAGAGGCUGGAAAGAAUUCGUCAAGCCAUUUCAUCUCUGCUUUUUCGUAGUCCCAAGACGACAGUGCUCAUAAAAUCGGCCAACACGGGUUAUAAGUCAAUUUUUGGCAGUGACUGGUUGUCUCUUCAGCUGGACAUUCUACUGAGGGCUGCCUUUAAAGGAAUAGAUGUCACUAUUAUAGAUGCCUGGGACAUGACGUCUUGUCACUACCUCCCGGACAACAUCCACCCAGGUCCACCGGUCAUCAGGAAUGAGGUGGACCUUAUGCUGUCCUAUAUAUGCCCUACGUGAUUGAUAAGAUUAUGUCCCCAUAUUCUCUAUUCCUUGUUUGGAUAUCUGUUAAACUUGGGUUGAAAACGAAAGAAUAUUAUAUAAAUCCUGGCAUCCAGGCAGUUUCCCUGUAUUGUUUUAGUUUGUAUUUCACUUUUGCAUGGUUGUUGGCAAGUUAAAUUACAGACUGGCUUACAAGUA